UCAACCCAGAAUUCCCCUGCUACAGAACAACUUUUCUUUUCGAGUUUGUUUGUAUUUUUUUUUUUCGUACAAGAGCUUGUUUGUAUUUGAUCUGUUGAUUCAUCACAACACUGCCGAAGAACGUGGGGGCUUUCAUCCUUGUACUUGGAUUGGUCAUUGGUUGAGUAGUUGGCUCGCUGCGAAGCUUUCUGCAUCCCGAUUUGAAUUUGGAACCUGAAAAUUGGUGCUGCGGUUAUUGGAAACGUUCCCAGAAUCUAAAAUGGCCGCGUUAUGUAAACGGGUGUGUCGAUUAUCUGGAUUCGGAGGCUUUGGGGCUUCGAAAGUGCCAUCUUCGUUUGAAAGAGCAAUAUACGAUCCAUUCUCAGUUUCGUUGCUCUCCAUUUCGGGCACUAGACAUUUUUCUCAACUGGUGAAAUCCAAUGGAAAACACCUGUUUCUCGUUGACACAUUGGCCCUUGUUAGAAGACUUGAGGGGCAAGGAGUACCCUCAAAGCAAGCUGAGGCAAUAACUGGUGCCAUUACUGAAGUGUUGAACGACAGUCUUGAAAAUGUGUCUCAGUCAUUGGUAUCAAAAGGAGAAAUGCAGAAAAUGGAAAUGAUUCAAGAAUCCAACCUGUCCAAAUUCAAAGCAGAAGUGCAGAGCUCACAGGGACAUCAUUUUUCUCUGUUGCAACAUGAGACUGAGAAGCUUAGGAAUGAUAUAGAAAAGAUGCGCAGUGAAUUGAAAUAUGAGAUAGAUAAAGUUACUGCUGGGCAGCGAUUGGAUUUGAACCUAGAAAGAGGGAGAAUAAGGGAGGAACUGUCCAAUCAGAAUGCUGAAACUAACAACCUGACUAAUAAACUUGAUAGAGAGAUCCAUUCUUUAAGAGCACAGCUGGAAGCAGCCAAAUAUGAUGUCAUAAAAUACUGCAUAGGAACACUUGUUUCAAUCUCUGCUGUUGGCCUUGCUGUUCUCCGCAUCUUGAUGUAAACGAGUUGUACUCCAAUUAACAUCGACACAAAUGGGGUAAAAAAGAAUUGAGUCGUUUGUUUGGAAGUUGUUGUAUGUUCUGUUAGAGAAACAGUUGCAUUACAGUGCUAGGGGAGCUGAAGGAACUAGCUCCCAUUAGGCACGCAUUGGGCCUAUAUUUUAGCCCCAUUAUUUUCUAAUAUUCUUUUGUUGAUUUAUUUGCCAUGCUUUUGGGAUAUUUGCACAAUUUGUACGUGGCAGUAUGGUAUAUUAACGAAACUUGGAUUAUAUAUACUCUAAGUGGACGCUAACAUAUGAACACGCUCAAAUUUAGAUGCUUUAUGCUUAUUGCCACUACGUCUAU